GCUGACUAAUUGGAAGGUCCAUGUAUGGAUUGUGAUCGGAGGGUUUCUGAGGAGGGCAUUGGAAGGUGAUGGGAGCCGUGGGAGGAGCUGAACGAGGCAAUCGAUGAAUAAAAGGUUCAGCAAGCGGUUAUAUCACACAGUGAGCGCCAGGAAACGCAUGUAUGGGGGUCGGGGCUCAGAUCACCGAGGUGGAGCUGCUGCCGGUCGAUGUGGAGAAGAAGGGACCGGAGAGCGAGUGGCGAGCCGAGACUUCGGACAUCAAAUGCCGGCCGCCGCGCCGGGCCAGGGAGACCUGGAGCCGCCGGCUGGAGUUCACGUUGGCCUGUGUCGGCUACGCGGUGGGACUGGGCAACAUCUGGCGGUUCCCCUAUCUGUGUUACAGGAGUGGCGGAGGUGCUUUCAUCAUCCCAUAUCUGGUAAUGAUCUUGCUGUGUGGGAUGCCACUGCUCCUCCUAGAAUACACCAUUGGCCAGUAUACAAGUUUGGGACCUGUGCAUGCCUUGGCUAAAAUCUGCCCUCUUCUGAAAGGUGUCGGCGUGGCGACAGUUGUCAUUUCAUUCUUGCUCUCUACUUAUUACAAUGUUAUUAUCACCUGGGCUCUGUACUACCUCUUCAACUCCUUUCGGUCAACACUGCCCUGGCAAAGCUGCAACAAUACAUGGAACGUGGUGGAAAAUUGCUCCAGUGGAUUUCCUGGGAAUGCCACCUACCUCAAAUCAGCCAGUCAACAAUUUUUUGAUUACAGAUUGCUGGAGAUGAGUAAUGGGAUUGAAGAGAUUGGCAGCAUCCGCUGGAGCUUGUUUGGCCUUCUGCUCGUGUCCUGGAUCAUUGUUUACUUCUGUAUAUUCAAAGGAGUGAAAUCAACGGGAAAGGUUGUGUAUUUUACAGCCGUUUUUCCAUACCUCAUCUUAAUGAUUCUGCUGAUCAACAACAUCCAACUACCAGGAGCCAAGGAUGGAAUCCUCUUCUUCCUCAGACCCAACUGGAGCAAGCUACUAGAAGUCCAGGUAUGGGUGAACGCUGCCGCACAGAUUUUUAACUCGAUCGGAAUUGGGUUUGGCAGCAUGGUAUCUUUGGCCAGUUACAACAAGUUCGAUAACAACAUCCUCAAGGACACAGUGGUCGUCGCAGUGAUAAACUCACUGACAAGUAUCUUUGCAGGAUUAGUUAUUUUCUCUGCCAUUGGGUACAUGAGCCACAUUCACAAGCUGCCGGUUGAGAAUAUUGCCACUGACGGCCCGGGACUAGUGUUUGUUGUUUACCCAGAAGCGUUUGUAACGAUGCCCAUUGCCCCGAUGUGGGCCACUCUCUUUUUCUUCAUGCUUCUUUGCUUAGGAGUGGACAGCCAGUUCGCCAUGGUGGAGGUGAUGGUGGUCAGUCUAAUGGACAGCUGGGGGAAGGGUCUUCUCCGCUUCUUCCGACGUAAAGAAAUGGUGGUUCUUGCUGUCUGUUUUGUAGCCUUUUUGCUUGGGAUUCCCAAUGUCACCCAGGGUGGAAUUUAUUUCUUCCAACUAAUGGAUCACUACACAGCCGUUGUGUCCCUCAUGUUUUUGGCGUUUUUCGAAGUCGUCGCCAUCUGUUGGCUUUAUGGUGUCCAGAGAUUAUCUGCCAACUACAAGGAGAUGCUUGGGACUCCUCUAAACUUCUUUUUCAAGCUGUGCUGGCGGGUUGUUUCACCACUACUUGUCACAGUUAUCCUGGUGUCCAGCAUAGUCCGCUACACUCCUGCUCGCUAUGGUAAAACAUACAGGUACCCGGCUUGGGCCGAGAGUCUUGGCUGGAUCAUCUCCCUCUGCUCCAUCAUCUGGAUUCCACUUGGAGCUGUGCACACCUUAUACAACAGCAAAGGCUCCUUCAUUCAGCGUCUUCGAUCUUCAGUUUCUCCAGUCAAUGAGGUGAUGCCAGCAGGAAGCCAGGACCAGGUGAUCAAACUGAAAUGGGAAAUGCAUACACCUCCACAUUACAUCUACACUGACAAGAUUAACCUUGCUGGAGAAGCAUAAUAUCAUUAUAUAUUUAAAUGAAAGAAACAUUAUGGAUGAAGUAUUGGGAAAACUUUUUAUGGGGUUGUAUUUUCCUUUCAGUAGAGACACUGAAACAAAAUUUUGUGGGGACAGACUAUCACUUUAUCUUAAUUGUGUUUAAUUAACCAUUCUGUCUGUGUGUGAAAGGAUUUCCAGAAUGUCAAGUAACCCGGGCAGCGAGCUUAGUCAGAAUAGGUAACAAUCAAUGUCAGGGAAUGGAGGGCAUCAUCAAUGUUUGAUGAAGUUGUGUUGGUGCUGGGAUUAUUUGAAAAGUUGUAUUGGAAAUGAUCACCAAAACUUGUGGAAUAGCAGCCUCUUGCAUCAUCACUGAAGACCAUUGUGACCAGACCCACUGCCUGAUUUCAAUACUCUGUAAAAAUUCACUAACAGAUAUGCUGCAGUGAAAGGAAUUACAUUCAAAAUUGAUGACUGAUUUUCUAUGCGGUUCUAAUAUAUUAAGUAGAAUUGCCAUUCCAUUAUUGAAGCCUUAUCGAAAAUGCUCUGAGACUCACCAUUAUUACUGACUGAUUCCUCCUGCUUCACAACUGCAUCUAUGCUGCUGUGUGUGAUGGUAUAGAAAUGUUUUCGCUGGUUAGUAUUCUGUGCUGGUGGCGAUGUGGCAUCCAUACCAGACUUCAGAGUUCCAGUCCAGCUGGCUCCUUGCACGAGUUCUGCUUGUGCUGGGUGGAGCAUCGAACUAGCAACUCUGCCUUGCUAGAGAGAUUUAGGCCAGUUAGAAGAGUGGGCAGAAAGAUGGCAGAUGGAGUUUAAUGCUGAUAAAUGUGAGGUGCUACAUUUUGGUAGGACUAAUCAAAAUAGGACAUACAUGGUAAAUGGUAGGGCAUUGGAGAAUGCAGUAGAACAGAGGGAUCUAGGAAUAAUGGUGCAUAGUCCCCUGAAGGUGGAAUCUCAUGUGGAUAGGGUGGUGAAGAAAGCUUUUGGUAUGCUGGCCUUUAUAAAUCAGAGCAUUGAGUAUAGGAGUUGGGAUAUAAUGUUGAAAUUGUAUAAGGCAUUGGUAAGGCUAAAUUUGGAGUAUUGUGUACAGUUCUGGUCACCAAAUUAUAGGAAAGAUGUCAAUAAAAUUGAGAGAGUACAAAGGAGGUUUACUAAAAUGUUGCCUGGGUUUCAUUUCCUAAGUUACAGAGAAAGGUUGAACAAGUUAGGUCUUUAUUCUUUGGAGCGUAGAAGGUUGAGGGGGGACUUGAUAGAGGUGUUUAAAAUUAUGAGGGGGAUAGAUAGAGUUGACAUGGAUAAGCUUUUUCCAUUGAGAAUGGGGGAGAUUCAAACAGGAGGACAUGAGUUGAGAGUUAAAGGGCAAAAGUUUAGGGGUAACAUGAGGGGGAACUUCUUUACUCAGAGAGUGGUAGCUGUGUGGAACGAGCGUCCAGCAGAAGUGGUUGAGGCAGGUUCAAUGUUGUCUUUUAAAGUUAAAUUGGACAGCUAUAUGGACAGGAAAGGAAUGGAGGGUUAUGGGCUGAGUGCAGGUUGGUGGGACGAGGUGAGAGUAGGAGUUCGGCACAGACUAGAAGGGCCGAGAUGGCCUGUUUCCGUGCUGUAAUUGUUAGAUGGUUAUCAGUGGCAAAGUUGCUGUCCGAAGCACCAAGUUGGUGCGGGGAGGAACUUGGCUAUCAUUAAAGAGAAGCAACUACACAGAAGAACCAAUCUCCAACAUCAAUGGGUCUAGCCCAGAACUACUGGUUUCAACAUUGCUGAGUUCAGUUGUUCUCACUUCACGCUGCCAUUCAACAACUCUGUCUGAGGGUUCAACUCUAGAAUGAUGCAGAGGUGACCUUACACUGACUGAAUUGGAGCUUGUAGGAAAUUAACACCCAAGAAGAAAUAGUUAACAAUGACAGCAAAACUUCUGAAUAUGGGAGAAUUGGCUGAUUGUUGAUUCCACCUUUACCCUGUCAGCUUAUUUAUGAUAACACCUUUUAAUAAAGUCAAUUCAACGACUUUAUAGAGCAGCCUCAAUGGGCCAAGUAGCCUAAUUCUGCUCCUAUGUCUUAUAUUCAGUGGAUUUUUAAUGGGCAACUGGAAAAGUUAGAUAUUAAGUUGGGUUGACAAUGCCGUAUUUGGAAAAUCAAAUGCAAUCUCCGUUAAAUUUUGUCUGGAAUCUACUUGUGUUUGCUGUCUUGAAUUAUAAAUGCUGUGAUUUUUAUUUUCUGAUCCAGUGAGGUGAAUCCACAUUACAGUAUUCUGUUCUGAGCCUUUGAUGAAAGUACAGAUUGGUGGGAGACUGUCUUGUUGGGUAUCAAAUUGUGCACUGUUGUGUGUAAUGGCUGAAUGGAAAUCAAACAAAGGGUGGCAGUGAUUUGUGCGAAGAAGGAUCAGGUGUCAGUCACAGUCUCAGAGCAAACUGAGAGGAAAUCAUCCUGCAGCUACGUUGCAACUCAUGAAAAUUGGAAGAUUUUUCAAGACAUCAAGAACAUGGAAUAUAAGCAUAUGUAUCUUUGGUUUGUAAACAAAAGAGCAUGCCUUCACUUCAUUAUAAACCUGGUUCCCCAGGUGGUCUGUUUUGGGGGGGGGGGGUGAGAGAAGAGUCUGCAGCUGCACAAUAAAAACAGAGCACUGGUAGAACUUGGCAGAUCUAGCAGCAUCUGUGAAUGCAAAAGGUCAACACUUCAGGUUGAGACCCUGCAUGGGAUUGAGGGAGAGAAUGAUGGCUAUAUAUAUAUAUAUAUAGUAUUGUAUACGGUAUGUGUGUACUCAAUGGUCAUGUUAUUGGAUAUGCCUGCUCAUUAAUGCAAAUAUAUAAUCAGCCAAUCAUGUGGCAGCAAUUUGAUGUAUAAAAGCAUGCAGACAUGGUCAAGAGGUUCACUUAUUGUUCAGACCAAACAACAAAACGGGGAAGAAAUGUAAUCUAAGUGACUUUCUCCACGAAAUGAUUGUUGGUGCCAGAUGGGAUGGUUUGAGUAUUUCAGAAACUGCUGAUCUCCUGGGGUUUCCAUACACAACAAUCUCUAGAGUUUACAGAGCAUGGUGUGAGAAACAAAAACCCUCCAGUGAGUGCCAGUUCAGUGGGUGAAAUGUUAUUAACAAGAGAGGUCAGAGGAGAAUGGCCGGAGAGGUUCAAGCUGACAGUAACUCAAAUAACCACCCGUUACAACAGUGGUGUGCAGAAGAGCAUCUCUGAAUGCACAACACAUCGAACCUUGAAGUGGACGGGCUACAGCAGUAGAAGACCCCACCAGGUUCCACUCUAUACCUAAUACACAUAUAGUAUUCAUUACUAUGCUUCCAGUAUUAGGAAGGUAUGAAGGGGGUGGUGGUUGGGAGAGGCUGGUAGCUGUGAGGGAGAAUUAGGUGGAGAGGAAUUGAGGGCAAAAUGGAACUAGGUUUGGGGUGGGAGGGGGUGGAGCCAGACAAAGAGGGGAUGAAAGGCAAAUGAGACCAUGUGGAGGAAGGGAUGAAUAGGAGAAGCCACCUAGGUAGACAGCUGAGUGUGUGUGUGUGUAUGAGGAGAGCACCAGUGGGGAGGUGGGAGUUACCUGUAAAUAGAAAGGGUCACUAUCCACACCAAUGGGAUAGGAGAUACCCAAGCAGAAAUGAAAUGUUCUUCCAGUCUUACUUUUGGCCUCUCCACAGAGGACAGGGUGGUGGGUGAGGGAAUGGGAAAGGAGUUAAAGCACCAUACAAUUAGAAGCUCUGGAUGGUAAUUACAAAGAGAGCACAAGUGCUUCACAAAAGUCACCUGGUCUACUCUCUCUUCCUGUUUUCUUGUGAAACGUUAGAAAUCUCCAGUUCUGAGAAUCACCAAUUCUUUAAAACGUGUAAUUAAAUUACACUUCUACUUUCAGAAUAAAACAGGAACUAGGAAAUACUCAGCAGGUCAGGCAGCACCUGUGGAGAGCAAUCAAAGUUAGCUUUUCAGUUCGCUAACCUGUGAGAGAAUCUAACUAUCUCAUUCUUCACUGAUGCUGCCUGACUUGUUCAGCGUGUCCAAUAUUUUCCAUUAUUUCAGUGCUUUCAGCAAUGUUUUCUGUCAUAAUCUAUUUGACAGUUUGUUAUGGUUGGGGAAGCAUUAGCAAUUAUGUUGUCAGCACCAUCCAUAUUGAUUAUUUUUGAGUGGCGAUGAAGCAGAUUGGUUAAUGUACAAGUGUUUAAAUCACAAAAUAACUUCCUGUAUGUUUAGAGUGACUGUAUUUACUUUAUAUAUGUCUUUACAUUCCAGAACAAAACUGACCUCCAAUGAAAUGCUUUGUUUAUGGUCACAUGUAUACCAUGCAAGUGGUCAUGCAUGUGAAUAUUUAAUGAAUUGUAUUUUUAUUAAAAAUUCUGUUACAAGAUACAUUUUGUGGAUAUGUUGUCAUUGAUGGUUGUAUCAGGGCA